AUGCAUUCAACGCGACUUGUCAACCUAAUGAUGGCGGCACUUUCGGUGACCGCCGUCACUGGAGUAGCAUGGCUCGAUAAUCAGCACGCUGGCGCAGGCCAACUCGCGGUCAGGGCGGACGAUGAUCUCCCAAUCUCAAUUGGCCCUAGUCUUGAUGCCGACACCACCAGCGACAGUGCUGCUGCCGAUCCAACCACAUCUAAGAAAAGUGACGAUGCAACACCAACAACGUCAAGUCCUCCUGCAGAAACCACAUCUGAUACCCCUACCACUUCUAAUGAACCUAGCCCAACGCCUACAACAAGUGAUAAGACCACACCGACGCCUACGACGCCUACGACGACUAACAACACCCCGACAACGGGGCAAGGAACAACGCCUAUAACGCCCCAGCCAACCACGACUCGUUCAAAUGCCCAAUCGUCCUCGGUCCCAUCGCCGACAUCGUCUAGUGGUGGUAAUGGUGGCGGUGACAGCGAUGAUACCACUGAAGUCCCUCAGCAGACCACGCCGCCACCUGUCACGACUACCUUCUUCACCGUUAUCACCACUACUGACGCAGCAGGCCAGACUCACAUCUCCUCCUCGUCAAGCGUUAUGGUUUCGACGCCUUCCCCUGUACCUGUUACCAACUCCAACGCGGAAACCGGAAUGUCUCCGGAAACUAAGAAUACGAUCAUCGGUGUUUGCGUGGGUGUCGGAGGCGCAAUCGUCCUCGCAGCUGCGGGCGUAUUAUUCUGGAGACUCCGUAGCAGGAAGCGCAGCCUGGAGGAGAACGAGGAGCUGGUUAGCUACGGCGACGGAUUCGGAGGUCCCGGAACUGCGGAGAAGUCGGAGGCUAGUGGUAGCACCGCCGGCCGCAGCCCCUUCCAGAGCACCCUCGAGAGUUACCACGCGCCGACGCAAACAAAUGCGGCUUCCAACUUCUAA